ACUUCUCUACAACAGUAGCGAUACUCUUAACAUUUCAAAGCCCGCAAUCUCGCAUCCACACUGAAGAUAAUUGCUACAUAUCCAUGAUGAAUGCAGACCUGUUGACAUACAACAUUGAAUUAUUGUCCCACUCUAAUGUUCAUAAUACGUUUCUUAAACUUUAAUCUUGAUUAUUUUCUCCACAGGUAUGGCGGCUCAUGAAGGUAUUGCCGAUGAUCUUCUCUCCAAGCUGGCUGAAGACAUCGAGACGGGUGAGCAGAUGGAGGCCUUAGGUCGAACGCUCGGAUUCAAGGUCGCAGACAUCAAUAGAUACACAGAGACCAAUAGGAUAGAAGGACGGGUGACUUGUAAGGGAACACGUGACAUGCUGUUUGACUGGAGACAGACCGUGGAGCCCUGCGACCAGCAUAUCAGACUGAAACAAGCUCUCAUUGACGCUGAGCUGGUCAUGCUUGCUGAUACAUAUCUCAAGAGGACACCAAUUAUUCAAGAUAUCUACAGUGAGAAGAUCUCGGAAUCCUUGACUGUUCAGCAAUGUCGCAAAAAGUUGGAGAACAAGUAUCUAGAUCAACUGUGCAAAAUUCAAAUGAAGCCAUGGGAUCGCAAUGACUAUGCUGAGUUCGAAGAUAUGCACACGGUUGUCACAAUGGUGAAGAAGGACGAAUUCUGUUGCUGA